UAAACAAACAUUGAGCUGUGAAUACGAAAAAGCUCUUUGCAAAUAAUAAAAGAAAGUAACUUUUUAAAUAGUAAAGUAAACAAAAGCGUGCAAUGUCGCUUUUUGACAAUCCCGACCAGCUGCGACAGCUGCAAAAUUUGUUAAACCCGAGUCGGAGACGAGGUGGAAUCGAAUGCAGCAGCAGCAGCGAGGAUGAGGAGGAAUCUCUGGUGGUAAAUAAGCAGACACCUGGGAGCAUUGGGCCCCAGGCAGCUGGUGCUGAUGCUUCCAAGGCCCGCGGCAAGAAAAAGGUUAACCUGGUGGCAACGCCGUUGGAGGAACCUCCUAAACCGCAGCCCAGCACGCUUGAGGAAUGGCAGGAAGCGCAGGAGCGAGAGGACGCAGACACUUUGGAAACGCGCAAGUACCCAGAAUACACGAUGACCUAUCGCCAGGCCGUUGGCACUGAGGAUGUCUUCCUGCAGAUGGGCCAACGCACAGCAGCCUCGGCGAGCUGUGAGGAUCUUGUACUCGACAUAUCCCUGCCCGAUGAGCAAAUGACUGCCGAUAAAAUGAGCUUAAAACUGCAGGAAAAGGAACUGGACCUAGGCACCACUCUAUACAGGCUCAAGCUGCCGCUGCCUAACGCCGUGGAUGUGGAUCGGUGCCAAGCCAAAUACGACAAGGAACUGUGCAAGCUGCGACUUACGCUGCGUUUGCGCAGGGAGCUAGACUAUGUCAAUUUUUGAACCCUACACUAUUGCUACUUCGCCUAAAACAUGCCUUACACUUCUUGUACACUACAUUGACAUUGUGACAUUGUUUUGCUUGUGCACACCAACCUGACACACAUACACCAAAUUUGUAGUAUUUCUUUAAUUCGGACGCGGAUACAAAAUUUAAGUACGAUAAAAGUGACCCACUUGUGUGGGAUAAGUAA